ACACGAUUACUGUUCCACUCCGAAGCAAUGCGCAUCCCAGUGGCACGCACACGACGCGGUGCGCUCCCAUGUGAAGAUGUGACCAUGAGCCCUUGCCAUACCAUCCCGGUGCAGCGGUACAAGAGAGGCUGUGGGACGAUAGACUGGCUAGAUGAGAUGAGGAAACCACUGCGGAGCGCCUCAAGGUUCUCUCCGGCCACUGAUCCCGUCACGGCCACCAUUUCCAUGUAAACUUCCCCUGUAGUCCCUCGGAGUCUGCUCAUCCUCUUCCCUUCACUUCACUGCUCCCAUCCCAGUCCCAGUUCACUUUGCUUCUCCAGUCACCACAAGCACAACCACCACCCGGCCUACGUGCUCCUCGGCGAUCAAUGGACUGGGCACCGGACCAGAAGGCUCUCGGGGGCCUCGGCCUCGCCGGCGUCUGCCGCGAGACCUGCCGCGUCAUCCACCGCGUCAUGCUCCCCAACUUCGUCCACCUGGGUCCCCCGCUGCUCUCCGCCGCGCUCUUGCUCGCCAACUCCGCCGCCGUCCGCGCCCUCUCCGACCUCGACCACUGCCCCAGCCUCCUCGCAGACCGGCUCGCCUUCUCCCUCUUCGCGACCGUCUCCGUCGGGGCCGGCCUCCUGCUCCUGCUCCUCUGCGCCGCCGCCUACGCCUUCUGCGUCGCCUCCCUCUACAGCACCGGAGGCGACCUCCUCGCCGCCGAUCGCGUCCUCAGGGGGUUCCCCACGGCCCCGCUCGCGCGGCUCGCCUGCACGUUCCUCAUCCUCGCCGCGGCCUCCUUUCUCCUCGUUCACGCCUCCCUCUCCUUCGCCGCCUUGUUCCAUCCCCAGGAGCUGGUCAGCGCUCCGGGCAAGACCGUGCUGCCCGUGCGGCUGCUGGCAUGGGCCGCGUGCCUCGCCGGCGCGGGGUACGUCGCCGUGGUGUGCCAGCUGGCCUGCGUGGUGUCCCUGCUCGAGGACGCCGUGCUCCUCGGCGCCCUGCGCAAGAGCCGCGCGCUCCUCGCCGGCAAGUUCUGGGCGGCCGCCGGCGUAUUCGUCACGCUCGACGGAUGCAUCUUCGCCGUGCUGGUGGCCUUCCAGGCUCUGGUGGUGGACGACGCGCUGGGCCUCGGCCUCGGGUUCCAGGUGGCCGCCGGGGUGGUGAUGGCGGUGGCUCUUUGCGCGGUGGUGCUCUUGACGCUGGUGGCGCAGCCGGUGGUCUACAUGGUGUGCAAGAACCACCACUACCAGGUCGUCCACAAGGUCCACCUCGACUGACGGGCGUUGAGCUGCUGCAGCCCGUCGAGACGGACCAGGUUCCAGCGACUCUGCCUGUGCCUAGCUAUAGGCUAUAGCUGCAUCCUGUCCACGACUCCACGGUAGCAACUUGAAGAAGAUUUGACUUAAAGUAGUACAGUAGCAGUAAGUUUAUGCUAAAUCAUAUCUAGUUGUGUACAUCUAAAUUUUAUAUUAUCGAUCUUAUAUUAAGAUUCAUAUGGA